AUGAAAGAACCAAGUGAACUAGAAGAGAAGAGAAGGACAGAAGGACAGAAACCAACAGAAGGAUCUGCUGUCAUACAAAUGCAAUCAGAAGCAGUUGAACAAUUAAAAGGUAUCACAGUCAGGAAGUAUAUACCAAGUAAUAUAGUCAUAACUACAGUGGGUGGCAGUAAAAUGAAACUAAAAGGAUGGUCCACAGAGACAAAACCAAAUAUAACAGCAGAACCAGUCAAGCAAAUGCAUACAUGCAAUAUAUGUAAGAAAUCAUUCAUAGAUAAAAGGAGACUAGCCAUACACAUGAAUAUGCAUGAGAAGAAGGUAGUAGGAGUGGUCUAG